CCCGCCUCGGGGUCGAACCGCGGGCCCCGGUGCCGACGUGCCGGGAGCCGUGCGGGUGAGGAGCCGGCAGGCCCGGGUGGGCCGUGCCCGGCCGCGGUAACGCGUGCGUGAGACUGGCGGCGGGGUAUUGGCGGUGCCGCGCUCGUCCCGUGGAGAUGAACGGGUUCGUCCGCCGCUCGGUGCGAGGCUGAGUGCCGGCUGAGCUCCGGCAGAGCUUCCCAGCCCGGGUUCGGCUUCGGUCUGAGGUGUGAAAGGAGGUUUUGGGUUUGUUUCCGUUCUGUGAAGAAACCUAACGUUGGAAAUACUUAAGAAGCGAAUGCCUCUGGAUUUUGGAACAAAUUGUGAGUUUAUGUGGAAGAAAUGCUGUGGCUGUUCUCAAGCUCUCUGACAAACUAAUUUAAAUGUUUCAGUAUUGCAUCACCUUGUGUUGAGUAACAGAAGCUCCACAGUUCAUUGAUCAAUGUGACAGUCCCCAGACGUUUGCGAGAUGAGCCAAGCCCGUGGGAGAUAUGACUUCUGCAUUGGGCUGGUGUUGGCUAUGAGCUCCAGCAUCUUUAUUGGAGGGAGUUUCAUCCUGAAAAAGAAAGGCCUUCUCCGAUUAGCUAGGAAGGGCUCCAUGAGAGCAGGUCAAGGUGGUCAUGCAUACCUUAAGGAGUGGCUGUGGUGGGCUGGACUUCUUUCAAUGGGAGCAGGCGAAGUAGCUAACUUUGCUGCCUAUGCUUUUGCACCAGCUACAUUAGUGACUCCUCUAGGAGCUCUCAGUGUUCUUGUAAGUGCCAUUUUGUCAUCCUUCUUUUUAAAUGAAAAACUUAAUCUACAUGGAAAAAUAGGGUGUUUGCUAAGUAUACUUGGAUCAACUGUGAUGGUAAUUCAUGCUCCACAAGAGGAAGAAGUAGAAACUUUAGAUGAAAUGUCCAACAAACUACGUGAUCCGGGUUUUGUGGUCUUCGCAACAGUUGUUGUCAUUGUGUCUUUAAUUCUAAUAGUUGUGGUGGGACCUCGCCAUGGACAGACCAACAUUCUUGUGUACAUCACAAUUUGCUCUGUGAUCGGAGCAUUAUCAGUCUCCUGUGUAAAAGGUCUGGGCAUUGCUAUAAAGGAACUUUUUGCAGGAAAACCAGUGCUGAAACGACCCUUGUCUUGGAUUCUGCUGCUAAGCCUUACUGUCUGUGUGAGCACGCAGAUCAACUACUUGAACAGGGCUCUGGAUAUAUUCAACACUUCAAUAGUGACUCCAAUCUACUAUGUAAUCUUUACGACGUCUGUUUUAACUUGUUCUGCUAUCCUGUUCAAGGAAUGGCAACACAUGGCGGCUGAUGAUAUUAUUGGCACCUUCAGUGGCUUCCUUACUAUUAUCGUGGGGAUCUUUUUAUUGCAUGCCUUCAAAGAUGUUAAUUUCACCCUAGCAAAUUUGCCCGUUUCCUUGCGAAAAGAUGACAGAGCAGCAAAUGGGUCUUUGCUGAGCACGUAUGACUGCUUCAAUCACGAUGAAGAAAGUUCUACCUGUGUAAGUGAAAUACAAUCCACAGAGAGUCUCUCAUCCAGGAGAAAUGGAAGUCUGUCAGCGUUCUGAAAACAUCUACUUGUUAAAUAAGAGAAGAACAAUUCUGUAACUCUGGAUUAUUUUUUUUUCCUGCUGUGAAAUGUCUGAGCUUGUCUGGAACCUCAUGUACUUCUUUAACAGUGUGGGUAGACAAUCUUUAAGUUUGAUUAGUUUGGAUCACAAACACUGAAGGGGGUUUUAAUUUGCCUUAUUUUUACUUUACGAAAAUACUAAAAUGACCUCAGACCACAGUUGGUGUUGUUGCUUAAGUUAUGUAAAUACUUUCAUUUCCCUUUUCUGUUUCAAGAUGUAUUGCACUAAUGACAGUUUUAUCCAAAAUAAAUGGCUUUAUUUCUGCAUUGGUGGUAAA